GCCGGGCUGGGACAGCGGAGCGGCGGCCGGCGCUGGGGCCGGCGGCGGGGCCGGCAGCCUGCGGGGGCGGGCUUCAGGGGACGGGCUGCCGCUGGCGUCGCUGAGGCCCUCCCGGGGCGGUGCGACCCCCGCGGGCGGCCGCUUCCCGGCCCUGGCUCGGGGCCUGAGGGGAGAGGGAGCAUAGUGAGGAGCGCCGGGCGAAGCGAGCGCUGCUGUAAAAUGUGGUGUUUUCUCCAAAUGUUUAUUUAUAAUAGAACAGCCGCUCAGUCUCGCACUGCGCGUCUGAUGGCGAUGCCGUGUCCGUGUCGCGAUAUCGCAGUGGUUGUGUUGCACGGGUAUUAACUGGGGAACCUGGCAGAGCCCGGUGUAGUGGAGGAACAUGGAGUUUGUUCUUGAGUUUCGCUGUUUGUGGUGUGCUAAGUGAAAAUGAAUAAGGACAAAAAAAUCGAUGACGAAGAUGAUGACAGUGACCAGUUUGAAGACUUCCUGGAGAAUUUUAACCAGCUGGAACUGCUGGAGACGCACAGGCAUUUGAUUCCUGUAGGAACUCAGAGCUGCUGGUCAGGACAGUCUGAUGAUGAUGAUGAUGAACAAGAAAGAAGUGAGGAAUGGUAUGAAAUGCAAGAAAAGAAAAUGGAAAAAAAUCCAGAGAAGCUGCUGCUCUGGGCAGCUGAAAACAAUCGGCUGAGUACAGUGAGGAGGCUCCUUUCUGAACAGCUGGCUCCAGUGAACGCUCGCGAUGAAGACCAGUACACUCCUCUGCACCGAGCUGCCUACAGCGGGCACCUGGAGGUGGCACACGAGCUGGUCGCCCAAGGGGCCGACGUUCACGCGCAGACGGUGGACGGCUGGACGCCUCUGCACAGCGCCUGCAAGUGGAACAACACCAAAGUGGCUGCGUUCCUGCUUCAGCAGGGCGCAGACAUCAACGCCCAGACGAAUGGUUUGCUGACACCGUUGCAUAUCGCUGCGGGGAACAAAAACAGCAGAGAAACCCUUGAACUCUUGCUGAUGAACCGCUACGUGAAGGCAGACCUGAAAAACAACCUGGAUGAAACUGCCCUCGACAUCGCUCGGAGGACUGAUAUAUAUCACUACCUUUUUGAAAUAGUAGAGGACUGCAUAAAUGCUGUGUCCCCCUAAAAGCUGUGAAUGUGAGGUUUGCUGCCUCUUCUUUGUGUUCUGCACACUCAUCCGUGGUGGUCUGUCUCUUUGCAGUGAAGUUUUCGUGUAAGAUAUUUCGGUAUUCUCAAGCAAAACAUCACUUCUUGCAACUCAGCUCGGUGGUCUUGCUCAGACUUUGAAGUGUUACUACUGUUAUUGAUGGUAUUCACAAAGUCUCAGUAAUCUCAGCCAGUCUCUGUUUAAUUAGUGCGCAUUUGGAGGGGCUUUUAUAAUACGUCUGUACUGUCACAGGGGGAGGGAAAACAAAUAUUGACUUGAUGUGAGAAAAUUCUGCCUUGGUUUUACAGUUUAUUACAGCUCACUUGAAAAUUAUUUUUUGAGAAAUGUAACUUUUUCAAAACUGCAUGAAAGCUCAGAAUGAAUGUAACUUAUUUGGGUCAUACACAACAUGUUCAGUGCUCCUGGUGUAAGGCUUAUUAUGAAAUAAAAUAUUCAACCUUAA